AUGUCUGAAUCAGUACAUGAACACCAACCAUCAUCAAAUGGUGAUGAAUUUGUUGAAAUCAAGGAACCUCAACCAAGUCCAAUUCACCCAGAACCAUCAUCGUCUUCUGCUCACCACAACCAAGACGAAUCAUCCUCGUCCUCCAAACCAGCAUCCAAAAAAAUGUCUCUUUUUAAAAAACAAGAUCAACAACACCAAUCAACAUUCUUUAAAGCAUUGGCAAGUUUAUGUUUCUUUAUUGGAGUAUUGGUAAUAAUUCAUGGUAUCGUUCAAAUUGUAGUUGCAUCUGCCAAGGAUGGUCUUCGUACAAGACAUGCAUGGGCAUUUGUAGUGAAUGGUAUUUUCUGUAUUGUAACUGGAUGUGUUGGCAUGUCAACAUCGCUUGUCCAAAGUCGUGGUCUCAUUAGAUUGAAUUCACUCGUCAACCUUGUCACAUUUCUUGAAUCCUUUGUACUUUUUAUUAUCUAUUCUGCACUAGUUCGUCGUUACAUUCGUAGAGACUGUGGUGGUGAUCUUGGCAGCAGUCCCUAUUGUCAUGAACUCAGUACCUACCUUGGUAUUGCCCUUGCCAUCUUUUGGGUUGUCAAUGUUUUCUUGUUACCAUGGUCAUUAAUGGUUGCUAUUGGUUUAGUUAAAUCUUACAAAGAAGCUGAUGAAAAUAAUAACAAUAAUAACAACAAUAAUAAUAAUAACAACAAUAAUAAUAAUGAUCAUCACAACAACAAUAACAAAGAAAAGGAAGAAAAUUAA